CACUUGAGUUGGAACGCAGACCGGGGCCCUCCUCAGCUCCCAGGGCUGACAGAGGGUGCCUUAUAAGCGACAUCUCAGCGCGUGACUGGAAUCUCCUCGGUUGCUAUCGGCAACUGCGGUGGGAGAACUGGAUCGCCGACGUCUCUGAACGUAUCCGUGGGUCGCCGGGCGCAAAAAUGCCUCGCAAGAAGCCGUUUAGCAAUAAACAGAAGAAGAGACAGCUGCAGGACAAGAGAGAGAGGAAGAGGGGGCCGAAUGAGGCCGGGCGGUCCGAGUCCAACAGCCGGAGUCAGAGCAGAGAGCGCGGCGAGGAGAAUACGGAUACAUCAGACAGUGAAAACAUCAGACCUCAAGUCAGACGCAUCAAUCAACAACCCCACGUCCUCAGACCUGGAGAGAAAGGAUAUGACCCAAACAGGUACAGACUUCAGUUUGAGAGAGAGAGCAAAGAUGAAAUUGAGCGAAGAAAGAAAAUCGCUCAAGAAAAGAUUCUGCAGUCUGUCCCGGAGACUGAGCUAGAAAUAGACAUUGAUGAAAUCUACAGACCGGGGUCUGUGCUGGAUUUUCCCAAGAGACCGGCCUGGAGCUAUCAGAUGAGCAAGGAACAGGUACAAACGCAAGAAGAAAAGGCUUUCAAGGACUACCUGCUGAAGAUCUAUGAGAAACACAGCCCCCAGGAGCUGAGCUACUUCGACCACAACCUGGAGACAUGGCGCCAGCUCUGGAGGGUCCUAGAGAUGUCAGACAUUGUGCUGCUGAUAACAGACAUCCGCCACCCGGUGCUGCACUUCUCCCCGGCCCUCUAUGACUACGUGACUCAGGAUUUGGGAAGGUCCCUGAUUCUUGUCCUCAAUAAGACUGAUCUGUGUCCCCCGCCACUGGUGGCCGCCUGGAAGCAUUACUUUCAGACCAAGUUCCCACAAGUUCACGUCGUCUGUUUCACCUCUUACCCCCGGCACCCCGAGGAUGAGCAGGACCCGUCUGCAGUUUUCAAGAAGCGCAGGAAGAGACGCCGUUUGUGGAGCAGCGCCCUUGGCCCCAAACAGCUCCUGAGAGCCUGCGAGGUUAUCACGGCCGGGAAAGUGGACCUCACAAGCUGGAGAGAGAAAAUCGAGAGAGACUCGUCGGCGCUGUGUAACCCGGCAAGCGAAGACGGGGAGAAUGUGGACAAGGACCACGAUAUCGGGGAUGCCGUUAUCUGUCAGCAGAUCUCAGAUGCAGAGCUGGGGACGCCCAGCCGAGAGCUGUACAAAGAUGGGGUCCUGAGCAUCGGCUGUCUGGGGUUCCCCAAUGUGGGUAAAUCGUCUCUCAUUAACGGCCUCGUCGGCAGGAAGAUUGUCAGCGUUUCACGGACCCCGGGCCACACCAAGUACUUCCAAACGUAUUUCCUGACGCCCACCGUGCGUCUCUGCGACUGCCCGGGACUCAUCUUCCCGUCUCUGGUGGACAGGCAGCACCAGCUUCUGGCCGGCAUCUACCCCAUUGCUCAGAUUCAAGAGCCGUAUACCUCCGUCGGGUACCUUGCGUGCCGAAUACCCGUCCCCCAGCUUCUAAAGCUUUCCCACCCUGAUGCGACAAAGAGCGGCUGGACUGCCUGGAUCAUAUGUGAAGCCUGGGCAGAUAAGCGAGGCUAUAAGACGGCAAAGGCAUCUCGCAGCGACACAUACCGGGCUGCCAACAGCCUCCUGCGCCUUGCCGUGGAUGGACGGCUCUGCUUGUGUAUGAGACCCCCGGGCUACUCGCAGCAGAAGGAGGCCUGGGAGCAGCAUCCAGACACUCAGGAGAUGGUAGCCCAUUCUCAGGCUCAAGGCCACCCCAACAGUGACUCCGACUCAGGUGGGGAGGAAGACGAGGAGGAUGAGGAAGAGGAAAUCUCCAGUUCUGGCGAGGAGACAGAAGAGAGGGACCGUGAUGCUGACGAGGAAGAAGAUGAAGAAGAGGUCCCAACACAGUCUACCGUCAAGAAGGUGGUCAAAACCAAGAUGGUGGACACAAAUCCAUAUGCCCUCUUGGGGGAAGAUGAGUGUUAGGUUUGGCACGGACGAGGAAUAAUCCUAUGGGGUCUGUAUUGUGUGCCCAUUGUUAUGGACCCCUUUGCUUAUUCUGUUUAUUGAAUUCAUUAGUAAAGCUAAGCUCAGUUCAAAAUGGCUGACAUUCCAAA